UUCAUGUUCAAAACUCAAAAUCUAGAUAACUCUCAUGGUGACAAAUAUAAGAGAUAUAUUUAAUGAACACUAGUACUUACGAGUAUGUGCCAUUAUUUGGUGUGGAUACGGAGAAACUUCUGCUUAAUCCAGGAGUGCUGACCGCGGUGAUGCAAACUACCCACAACACGAGUAAGUUUCAAAAUUUGAAAAGCAUAGAGAACUAGAGGGUUCCGGUGACUUUAGUUUAGUGUCAAAAAAACUGUCAUAACAAAAAUGGCGGACGACGACGAAAUUGACAUUUUAGGAGAUUUUUCUUUUAAUUCAUGUUUUGCUCAAAACAAUCAAGGAAUCCCUUCAUGUUCUAAUAGAGAAGACACGGUGCACCCACAAUGGCUACUCGACUCUACAGAGACGAACUGGCUAAAAGAAGGAUCACCGAGGAAACUCUAUGGAAACAAUGCUUCAGAUAAGCAUAUAAAUGAUGUCCAUACAGCAUGGAGUGCCAGGGAGAGAGAUAUUCUUAUUAAAGAAAUGGCUAAAUAUGGGAGAAAUGUACGAAAAAUAUCACAAACAUUGAAAACAAAGACUGAAGCAGAGAUACAAGCAUUAAUUGAGGCUGAGUUUGGUGUUAACUUGGAGACUCCAUCAUUUGGUCUGGACAAGCCGGAGGACCAUGAGGAUGUACCAGCUGUAGUCCAGGAAGAAAUAGUUACAGAUGACAUGACUAGUAUAAAUAAUGUUAUCAACAUGGUCACUACCGGAGCACCGACAAUUAAUGUACCAAAGAAACCAUUCAGAAAAAAAAAUACCAACUCCAAAAGUCUACUGAAACCAGAUGUUCUGAAUGACAAGAAGGCUGAGUUAAUGGCAAUAAAUCCAGCAGAAAUAUUAUAUGAGGAUGAUCUAAUAAUAGGGUCGACAGAAUCUAUUGGUUCUGACUUAGACUUGACUGACAUUGUCUCUAAGAAUAUAGUUAAGUACCAGGCAAAAGUGAAGGCUGAGAAAAAGAUUGGUAACCAUAGAAGAAAAAGGUCUAAGAACUAUGAUAAGGGAACAACUAGGAAUAAAAGUAAAGAGUUAUUAAAGUCACCCUUGGGCAGGCAGCGCAAGGAUUCUAGUUUGUCUGAGGACAGUGUAAAGAGUCCUAAAAUGCAGAUUGUGUUGGGAUCAGGACAAGCUUUACCAGUUUCUGAAGGGGAACAAGUGAUAAAAAUAGAGAAGAAGAAAGACUCAGAACCAGAGAGUGACAUAGAGAUAGAUGUAGACAGUGACAGUGAGAGCAGUACACACAAGUCCACUCCUACCAAGGAACAGAGGGAUAAGGAUAAGGCUACAGAGGAACCUAUAGCCGUGCCACUCAGUAGGUUUGAGCCCAUGCCCAAAAGACCUAAGAAGAUUAAUCUGGAUGGUGGCGGUGGCUACACUAUCAUGCACACGGAAUCUGGUGACUUGGUGGCGCUGGGAGCGGAGCCACGCCGAGGUCGUGCGCCGCGCAAGGUGCCUGUACAACUGUUGCACUGCCGGGUCUACAACGCUGAGAAACCGGCGCCAUUCGAGGUGCGUGUACACGUGUCGACCCUGGUCCUGAUGGACGGCCACGCGCACACGUCCCGCGGCGAGGUGAUGGGCCUGCUGGGGGGCGCGCUGCGACCCGCCGCGCCGCCCGUACUCACUGUCUCCGCCUACAGGCCUGCCGCCGCCGCCGCUGGUAGCACGCACUGUGAUAUGGAUCCAGUAUCGCAGUCCAUAGCGGCAGAGUCGCUACGCAGUGCAGGCACGCUGGUGUGUGGAUGGCACCACUCGCACCCCCAGUUCCCGGCCGCGCCCUCCGCGCAGGACCUGCUGUCGCAGCGCGGCCUGCAGCAGGCACUCGAGUGGACACACGUACCGUUCCUAGGCUUCAUCACCUCUCAACACUGGCCCACUGGCAGGACGGCUUCCCAGUACCGAUGUAUUCGUGUGGAGGAUGAGGAAGACGCAGAGAUCCCAACAGGCUACCAACUCAGUGUGAAGCUCACGCCAGACCUCACGGCAGACAACCUGGCGAGUUUCCUACAAGAGCUACGGGCUGUCAUGGUGGAUAACCUCAGUAAAAACGAGUUCAGUGUCAACGUUGUCAAGGAUGUAUGUCCACAGGCCAAAAUGACCUAUUUAGAAAAGUGCAUAUCUAGUAUAUCGCAUCACUUGCGGUCGGCAGGAUACGAAGAGUCCGACCCGCUCGUGCAACAACUCAUGCAAGGUAUAAGAGAUGUCUUCAGAUAGUCACCACAUCACAGAUUGUAUGGAAUUACCUGUAUUACCACAUUUAUAGUUUACUCCAUAUUCAAGGCGAAGCAGAAACCGUAACUUAAGACCAGAUGCGUGUACGGAUAUGCAAGUACGACAGAGUUAUAAAAUCAUGCGGCACGCGUACGUCUCCUUGACGUCAGCGGUGUGUCCUGUCUCAUAAAGUUCCAUACAAUUUUAGUAACUCGAGCCACAAUAGAAGAACAAUACGAAAAACGUUCUCUUGACCAAUUAAAACUCAGUGAUACGUGCACGUCUACGCUUGCAUCUCCGCACGCGCCCGGCUUUAAAGGCGAGGUCAUACAGUUAUUUUUUAUAAUUACCUAGUGAAAUAUUGUUCAAGUACUAUACGUAGUACUGUUUCUAGUGCUUACGUCUGUCUUCGAUUACCUUUUACACUUUACUUUGUUGUAUAUCUUCCAAAUAGCUAGACUUCAAUAAAAUAUUAUUUUUAAUACGAUAAGUAUAACUGUUUAUGUAAAUACAGUGCUGUAUAUUGUGAUAUGAAGAGUCUUACUGUAAGAAUACCUCUCAAUUUUCUUGUUCUCUCAAGAGCUGGUGUAAUGGAAAAGAAUGUUAUUUAUUGAUUUAUAAUAAGAAUAAUAAUAUGAUUUUAUUAUAAUGUAUAUAAAUUAUUAUUUAAUAUCAUACAUACCUAUUACAAACA